GCGUGUCGUUGAGGAGUGAUGGCGGCCUCCUCAUCUGCCGCUGCUGGUGGUGCUGGUGAAGGUGCGGCAUUCAGUUCUCUGCAAGCUGAUCUGUCCGUCUGAUCAUCGAACGAGGUGAGCCGCACACAGACCAAUGAGCAGCAUGCUUGAUGCACACGGUCCUCUGUCGGCUCUGUCGCUCUGUGCAGGCUGUCGUCGAGCACAUCAUAGCUACCCAGAUGCAGCAACCAGAGCAGCAGCAGCAGCACCCCUUCUCGUAUAUCUUCGUCGGCCGCCGCACCUUCUACCUCUUCAGCAGCAUCAAAGACAUCCUGCGGCUGAGGGCCACCUGCACCUGGCUGAGCAGAGAUCUCUUCGGAGCGGCCCAGCUGAGAGAUCGGCUCCGCCACUCGUUGGGCUCACAGGCGGGGCUGCGGCGGGCGGUGAAUGGGCAGCAAGUGCAGCUGCUGCGGUUCGACGACGACCAGCUCGGCACACAUGAUCUGCUGGCGGCUGUGUGUGUGAUGGAGGAGGGGCCAUGGGGCGAGAUGGGCGAGGUGAUUGAGCUGGCGGGCCAGUGCGGCAACUGUGACCUGCCUGUCAUCCUCACAUUCGAUGACAUCAACGCACACGCAAACAAAACGGUGAGCCAGCAAAUAGAGGGGCGGGGAGGGGAGGGAGAGGGCCUCAUUCUCUCUGUCUGUGUGGUCGUGUGUGUAGACGUAUGUGUCGGCUCCCCGUGUGUUGGCGCAGCUCAAGAUGGUCGGCCGCCACAUCCACUUCAGUGACGGCAGCUGCCUGCAGCUGUUUCAACGAGUGGCGGGCCAUCAAGGACGAGCUUGGCUUCGAGCUGGAGGUCGACCCGCCCCUCCCCGCCGGCCAUCUGUACCAGCAACACUGGCAGCCACACGACCCGCCGGUGCGUGAGAGCAUCUACUACUCGUCCUGUAACGACGCCGACCGAUGGCAGUCGGACCGUGUCUUCUUCGGUGGCCAGGGCAUCGAUGCGUCAGCUUCGUCGUUUGCCAAGGCCAUGAUCCUCGACUACUUCGAGGAGACUCACCAGAUCAACGACGCAUCGAUAGGGCUCAACAGGUGACAACACACUUGAGGCACUAAAGGCAAGAGAGAGCGCCGUUGACUGUGUGUGUGCCUGUGGCUGGUUCAGGUAUGUUGGUGGCGGCCGUCUGCAUGACUUGCUGAUUCGGUCGCCCCACACACCAGUGGCCGGCUGCACCAGCACACUGAGCCAGAACGGUCGUGUGCGACGGCUGGUGCUCAUAGACGGCAGCCACCCAUUCGUCGCAUGGAUUGAGAUCGGCCCAGACGGUCAGAGUGACAGAGAGGCAGUUCUGAUUGUCAAAUGUCGCGUGUUCUUCUUCCCUGUGUGUGCAGUGGGUGUGCAUGGUGACCACUGAGGCGGCUGUGUAUGAGGGUGGUCCCUUCAAGCACCGCUUCCCGGUGACCACUCAGCUGGCUCGCGUGGCGUUGGCGGCGGUGGCGCCAUUCGUGUUCGACGGACAGGUACAACAGCAGCAGCAGCAGGAUGAUGAAGACAGCGACGAUGGUACGGACACGCACCCACACAUUGGAUGGACGGAUGAACUGCCUUCUCUCUCUGUUUGUUUGUCUCUCUCUCUCUCUCUCUCUCUGUGUGUGUGUGUGAGUGUGCUGUCUGCAGAUUCCGACAGUGAUGGUGAUGAGAAUGACGAUGUGGAUGACGGCACUGGAGGUACAAAGGAUGGAAGGCACCACAGCACACAGAGGCCCUCACAUUGGCCUGCAUCACUUUCAGCUGCGUCCUGUGUGUCCUGUGUAUUCGACAGGUAAGGAUGCAGCAGCUGAGAAGAGCGGCGACUGAUCGAUCCAUCAAAACUGGUCGGUAAGCGGCGACGGGCGUCCUCUAUCAUGUGGCUGAGUUUUUUCUUUACUGGGGUGUGUGUGCGUGUGUCAUCAGGAGGGUAUCUCUUGGGUGCCGACCGUCGUCAUCUCUGUAGCCAAUCCGUGUGCGCGCAAAUGAAUCGCAUACCUACCAUUCGGUAGACAGACCGGCUGCUUGUAUGUGACCAAAUGGCUGUGGGUGUUGUGCUGAAGAGUUCCAUGCCUCCUCUGAUGCAUGCGUGAAUCGGUCUGUGGGGUCCUUUUUGCCCGUACGUCGCUCUUCUUCAUGCGCGGCUGUCACUCCCUCUGUCUGUCUGUCUGUCUGUCUGUCCGUCUGCCUGUAUGUGUGUAGAUCUCUGCCCGUCCUCAUGGCUGGUUGGCUGGCUGGCUGGCUGCCUGUGUGUGUGGGGGUGUGGGCGAAUCUGGUUACGCCCUCCGCUGCCGGCCGAUUUUGGUGUGAUGCAUCCCCCGAUUGUGACUGUGUGUGGCUGCCUGGCUGACUCACUGGCCAUGCCUCUCUCUCGAUGGCUGUGUGGUGGGAAGCGUCGCUCUGCAUGUGAGUGUGCCGCGACGGACAUGAAGUGAACUGUUGUUCAUGGAGCACAGCCAAGGAAUGGACACGUACGUCGAGGAGGGUGCGCGUGCAGCGAGUGAGUCGAAUACUCCAUCGCAGCAAAAGACAGAGUCCCCACUCACUCACUCAGUAGCAAGGCUAGAACCCUCGGCAAAAGGACCCACCUGUUGUACGCACGUACACGAGAAACUGCCACCCAUAAG